UGAUACUACCGGUACCGGCUCAACGACUCGUAACUCGUGUAUUCUUAAUUCUUAUUUUGUCUGUAAAAUCCUAAAUGUAUACAGUGAAACUGACUGACUUUUGUUUAUAAGUUUUUCUCCAUUUAAUUGGUUUUUUCCACUAUUUCACUGUUUAAGUUUGUCAUAACUACUGAUUAAACUAUUUGUUCAAAACUUAUACAUUUCUCAAUCGUCUUAAAUUUACUUAAUCUAUACUACAUUUAUGAAUGUCUAAUAUUAGUUUUAAAUUUUAUUAAAUAGUCUAGAAAUUGAAACAAUUUUAAAAAUGCGCAUUAAAUUAAACCUUUUGCAAUUAACACCUGAUAGGAAUCCAGCCAUUUACUGGCUUCAUAUAGACAUGACUUACAUUAAAUUAAUAAAACAACUUAAACAAAAAGUACAAAAAGUGUUAAAUGAACCUCGUGAUAUAGAAUUAUGUUUCGAUAAUGUACCGUUUCUGGAUGAAGAUGAUAUCAAUGCAAUUAAUGAAAAUGAAGAAAUAACUGUUAUAGUGAAAAAAAGAAAUAUUUAUGAUGAACCAAAAUACACCCAAACUGAAUCAAUUAUUAUAGACCAUGAUAUGAUUCCUAAUAAUACCAAUGGAGUUUUAUCUACCUUUCAUGAUGUGGUUGUAGAACCCAUUAAUGAUAUUGAAAAUUCAACUUCAUCUGAACUAUUAAAAAAUCCUAAGAAAAGAAUACGCAAGAGGACACAUAAAAAAAAUAAAAAAAACCUUGAACCUGUUGAAAAAGAUUAUGUGGGUUCAUUAUCUGAAACUUCUAUUGUGUCUUCAAAGGAAACUUGUAAAAUGCACAAACGUUUUAAAUUAGAUAAUGUAGAAAACCUUAAUCAAGAAGAUAGUUCUCAUUCCAUACAUUCUGAAGAAGAAAAACUUGAAGUAACAAGAGAAGUUUUUCGUUGUGACUCUCCAGCUCUGAAUUUUAAAGAACAAAAAGAUACAAAGCUUCCUAUUUGGAAAAACGAAAAACCAUUAAAUAUUAAAUUCCACAAAGUUCCAGUAUUUGUACGUGGUCAAACAUGUACACCGAUAACUUCUACACAAAAUAAAAAUUAUACUGAAAACGAAAACAAUAAAUCUAGUGAUAGCAUCACAAGUGAACAUUGUGAUAUGUUAGUUGUAGAUUGGAAGAACAUGACACAGAUAAAAAUAACAAAUAUUACUGAGUUACAAAUUUAUGAUUUAUUACAAUUCAAAAUUAUGUCCAUGAAUGAAUGUGGUGAACCCCAUUUGUCAUCAGUUAUAACUGCACGUUUAGAUCACAUUUAUAAAUGUACAUUACAUAUUCAAGUACUUUCUGGAAUUAAAGAAUUUAUGACAAUUAAUCCAAAAUUUAAAAUGGAUGAUGAAGAAGAUAUUGGAACUCAGCGUGAAGUCGAAUUUGAUGAUCUUUUUGAAAUUUUUAAACUUGUUUAAUCUGUUUGCCUGUUUUAUUUGUAUAUUGUUAUUAUCAAUGUAUGAGUGAUUUGUUCAUGUUUUAUAUAAAUUGACAAUUAUCUCUA